AUGAAAGCCAUUACAGUCUCCCUCGACUGGAGCUCCACUCCCGAUGCUCGCAAAGUCGUCGUGGCUUUCCUUGAAUCGAUUAUGGAAGAGAUAUCUUCAACUCCGAUCUCAACCCCAACUGCAACCGUAGAUUCUAGCAUUGGGACGACCAACUCACCAAGUCCUACUCCAGUACCACAAUCGCUUCCACCACUUCCACCACUUCCUGAAGAUGACGAUGGAACAAGCAAAAGAAAGAACUCUUCAAUUGUGUGGCAACAUUUCGAGAAAAUGAAGAAUCCGGAUGGGAGUUGGGUGAAGCCAGCGCGUUCAAAGUGCAAGUACUGCCCCCAAACCUAUGCAAGCUGCUCCAGAAGCAAUGGCACAUCAGCAAUGAGGACACACGUAAUGUUUCAGUGUAGGAAGUCCCCGAUUUAUGUCCCGAAUAAGAAGCAGAAGUUCCUGACUUUCGAUUCGGCUGAGAGUGGAGGUAAAUUAAUUUCUGUGGCUUAUGAUAAGACCACUUCUAAGCUAGCUUGUGCGAAAAUGGUGGUUCGUGAUGAACUGCCAUUUUCUUUUGUUGAGAAUGAAGGGUUUAAAGAGUUCAUGAAGGUGACUCAACCUCUAUUUAAGUCACCUUCUAGGAGAACAAUAGCUAGAGAUAUUUUGAAGCUUUAUGAGGCUGAGAGGGAGAGGAUUAGAGGGUGGAUAUCUGUUAAUCAGCAAAGACUUUCACUCACGACGGAUACUUGGACAAGUAUCCAAAACAUUAAUUACAUGGUGUUAACCGGUCAUUUUAUAGAUGCUAGUUGGAAGCUGCACAAAAGGAUUUUAAACUUUUGUGUGAUUCCAAAUCACAAGGGUAAAACAAUAGGCAAGCUGGUUGAAACUUGUUUGAUUAAGUGGGGGAUUGAUAAGGUUUUUACAAUCGUUGUCGAUAAUGCAAGUCCAAAUCAGGUGGCUUUAGACUACAUGAAAGAGAAAAUAGGAAACUGGAAUCAGUUGGUGUUGGGAGGUAGUUUUUUACAUUUGAGGUGCUGCUGCCACAUUUUGAACCUUAUUGUGAGGGAUGGAAUGGAUGAGCUUGACUUCUCCAUUGAUGGCAUUAGGAAUUGUGUUAAGUACAUUAGAUUGAGUCCAGCAAGAUUAGAGAAGUUUAGGAAGUGUGCAGCUGAAGAAAAGAUUGAGCACAAGGGAGGAAUUGUCCCUUUAGAUGUUUGCACACGAUGGAAUUCAACUUACUUUAUGUUGGAUCUUGCAUGCAAGUACAAGAAGGCUUUUUUGAGACUUGAGGAUGAAGAUCAGCAAUUUGAGAAUUACUUCCAAGAGAAAGUGGGUGGAAACAAGCGACACGGCCCUCCCAGAAUGGCAGAUUGGGAAAAGGCAGCAAGACUAGUCAAAUUUCUCAAGAUUUUUUACGAAGCAACCUUGAAGUUUAGUGCCACUAAGCAUGUAACUUCUAAUGAGCCUCUACUUUGGAUGUGCACAAUUGUUGGUGAGCUUGAUAAGUGCAUGGCUAGUGAUGAUCACCUUCUUGUUUGCAUUGGGACCUCGAUGAAAAAGAAGUUUGACAAGUAUUGGCUGCAGCUUCAAGAUUUAAACCAAAUUCUGCUUAUUGCUGUAAUUUUAGAUCCAAGGUACAAGCUGUUGUACCUUGAAUUCUUCUUUCCAAAGCUACAAGCCAACCUGGGAGAAGAAGGUGUGCAAGUGAUGAUCGAUGAAGUAAAGAAAACUUUGAGCUCACUGUUUGAUUUUUAUGCAGACAAAGAUCCUGCUGCAGCAGCAGCUUCUAGGAGUGUGACAAUGCCUAGGAUCGAUUGUAAGGAGGAGCUAAGUGAAGAGGAUAGUCAUGCAGCAAACUUGCAUCAGUUCAAGCUUCUGCGGCAGGAGAAAGAUGUUGUGGUGAUAAAGAAUGAGCUGGACAAGUACCUAAUGGAAGCUUCAGAAGAGCCUUCAAACCCCAAAUUUGAAAUUUUGGCUUGGUGGAAAGAGAAUGCUCCAAGAUACCCCAUUCUGUCCCAAAUCGCCAAAGAUGUGUUUGCUGUACCUGCCUCAACUGUGGCGUCCGAAUCUGCAUUUAGCCUUGGAAAGAGGGUGGUGGACCCAUUUAGAGCAUCCCUAACCCCUAGUAUGGUUGAGGGAUUGGUUUGCUUGAGUGAUUGGUUAAGGGGAGCGGGAUUUGAUGCAUACAAGGAACCAACCAAAGAUGAGUUGCAGCUCUAUGAGGAGUUGGAGAAACUGGAAAUUGAUAGAGGCUCUGGUGUUCUUAGUGACUCUGAGGAAUGA